AUGGCGUCGCGGUCUUCAGUCAACCGCCCGCCAACGCCUGAGCCAGAGGGGCGGGUGGGGGGAGGAGGGGAGCCCACGUCGCUGCGACAAGUGGUGGACGCUAAACUGUUGGAGAGUGGGGAGAAGGAGCGAUUAAAGACCCUGUUGGAGGACAGACUGGAGGAGUGUGGGUGGACAGACGACCUGCUGGUCUACGCCAGAGCAUAUGUGAGCAAGGUGGGACGUGAAAACGUCUCAUUGGAGGAGGUGAUACGGGCCAUCACACCCAAAGGCCGAGCAUCUGUGCCAGGACCAGUGAAGGCGGAGCUGCUUCAACGCAUUCAGUCCUUCCUCACUACCAAGAACUCCUGUGAGGCUCCCCUUGCAAUGAAGGAGCAGCGCUCUCAGUAUGAGGGGGAUGGAGCAGGCGAGGGUGGUGAGGGAGGAGGAGCGGGAGAGGGAGGGGGGGAGGGUGGGGGCGAGGGUGGGGCAGGAGGCGGGGCGGUGGUGACAUUGAAGUAG